AAGCCAUUGAUAACAGCUUACAAAACCCUAAAUACUUCUCCAGGCUCGAGAAAUGUCGAGGGUUUACGUAGGGAAUUUGGAUCCACGGAUAACUGAGAGAGACCUUGAGGAUGAGUUUCGCAUCUAUGGUGUUCUCAGAAGCUUGCGCACACCUCGACUAUUUCACCAAAGUUUGAUGGAUGGGAAGAAAUCUUCUAUUCCAACUUUGGGGACUCAUGGUCUUCAUUCCAGCUUCAUCGAUCCUUAGGCUACAUUAUUGUGUUUGGGUUGCAAGGCGACCUCCAGGUUAUGCAUUCAUUGAGUUCGAUGAUCGUAGGGAUGCUCUAGAUGCUAUUCGCGAGCUAGAUGGGAAAAAUGGUUGGCGUGUGGAGCUCUCACACAAUUCAAGCGGUCGUGGUGGAGGCCGUGGCGGUCGUGGUCGUGGAGGUGAUGAUUUGAAAUGUUAUGAAUGUGGUGAGCCUGGUCAUUUUGCUAGAGAGUGCCGUUUGCGCGUUGGUCCGCGAGGACUUGGAAGUGGGCGAUAUCGAAGUCCCAGCCCUCGAUAUCGCAGAAGUCCCAGUUAUGGGAGAAGGAGUUACAGCCCUCGUGGAAAAUCUCCUCGAGGUCGCAGCCUAUCUCCUCGUCGUGGACGCAGCUACAGCAGGUCGCCCCCCUACCGUCGGGGCCGCUAUGAGUCACCUUAUGCCAAGGGUUUAUCACCUCGCCGUAGCCGUGGUAGCUACAGCAGGUCCCCAGCAUAUCGUCGUCAUGAUUCUCCUUAUGCAAACGGAGUUUGAUGCUGGUCUGAGCAAAAAAUACUACUGAGGAUGUGAGGAUCUUCAUUUGUAGUCUGAUAGGCUUGACAAAAGAGUAGCAUUAUGUAGUUUGUUUUCGUGAUAGUUGAUGUCUUGAACUGGAUUCUGGGAGACUUCUGCCCUCUUUAGCCAACUCCAGACUUCAUUUUUGUGACGGCUCCCUCAGUUCAGCAACGUUGGAGGUCACUUUCAUACUUUAUUAUUGUUUGAUAUGUGUGCUUAGUUGCUAUGAUUGUUAUCAUGGAGUCUCUUUUCCUUAAAAAUCUAGGUUUUCUUCUUUGAGGUAUCAUUUUCGGCUGAGACUGCAUCAUUGCACGACCAUGCUUCUUUAGUUGUCAUCGAUAGCCCCACCACUUCUCUACAUCAAAUUGUCAUCUUAUGAGUUUGAUUUCCUAUUGAAAACUGCAAGCCCCUCCUACUUCAACGAAGCUUCUUUAGGGUAGGUGAUGCUUAUUUGCUUCUCUGCGCACUGGUGGACAAUGAAAACUGUUUGUUGCCUUGCCUUCAUUCUUCGUUUGCCAGCUUAAACAGCUCCAUUAUGCAAUGAAGUCUCUAGCUUCUCUGCCCAUGGGUGGACCGUUGAAGCUGUUUGUGGCACAUCAAUUUUCGUUGCCAGUUUGGCCCAUAUUUCUCUUCGUUAAUCAGAUGGCGUGGCCACAUAUUUCUUGUGGAGGAAAUUCCUCGCCUUCACUGAUGGAACUCCUACGUGGUUGCUCAGAGAAGGAACCCAUGUUCUGCAUUCUAUACCUCCUGCGCUCGUAGCGUAGAGAAGAUAUCGCCUUUUUUGGAAUGUGGCUGAGAAUGUUGUAAAUACAUGUUUGAUUUUGUCAUGUAAUUAACUUGGCCUUAAACAUGUGGUGGACCUCUAAUGCCACGUUAUAAAUUUAAUUUUGUUGCA